UACCGAAGGCUAGUAAUUUCUGGCAUUCGUUUGAGUAAUGCGAUCAUAUUAAUGUAACCUUUAAUAUACUAUUAUUAAUAUAUAGUGGUAGAAAUAGUAUUAAUUGUAAAAUGGAUAGUGAAACUAACAAACAUCACGCUGAUUGCCGAUUUAGAAGGCAUAUAAAACAAAGGAUAUCGAUACGCCGACAAAAUAAACGUGUGGUAUUUAAAACAGGAGAAUUGAACUUCGAAAAGUCAUCCUCUGAAGCUCCAUUUCGCAUAAUACCUGAUGUUAUUUCUAAGUUUAUAAAUGCAAGAUGGAGGUGGAGUCUAAUAUUUUGUAUUCUGGUUUACAUUAUAAUAUGGUUUUUAUUUGCAUCAAUUUGGUGGCUAAUUCUUUAUUUACAUGGAGAUCUAAGAGAAGAAAAUUUGCCCAGUGCUAACAACGGAACAAUUUGGAAACCAUGUGUUCGAGAAAUUUAUAGUUUCACGUCUAUAUUUCUAUUUAGUAUUGAAAUUCAUACCACAAUAGGCUAUGGAAAGAGAGCUAUAACGUUAGAAUGUCCCUCGGCUAUGCUAACUAUGUGCAUCGAAAGUAUAGCGGGACAUUUUACGCAGUCAUUAAUUGUUGCAAUAGUCUUCGCAAAACUAACCAGACCAAAAAAUCGAGCACAAUCUCUUAUAUUCUCAAAAAACGCUAUAAUUAAUCAAAGAGAAACCAAUUUAUGUUUGAUAUUCAGGGUAGGAAAUAUAAGAAAAUCGAGGAUAAUAGCAUCAAAAGUUAAUGCUUAUUUAAUUCAAUAUGAAAGAAAAUCAAAUGAUACUAUAGUGAACAAUGAACAAAUUAAUUUACGCGUAAAAGUUGAUGCAUGUGACGACAUACUAUUUUUAAAUCCAAUAUCUGUUUUUCAUAGAAUUGAUAGUCAGAGUCCUUUCUAUGAUAUGUCUGCACAAGAUAUGUUGAAUUCAGAUCUGGAGAUAGUGGUAGUCUUUGAAGGCGUCAUCGAAUCGACGGGACAGCCUGUUCAAGCCAUAUCGAGUUACACCAGUCAAGAGAUAAUGUGGGGUCGACGAUUUUCACAAUUGAUACAUUUCCAAAAGAAUAAGCGAGGCUAUGUAAAAGAUUUUUCCAAGUUUGAUGAAAUAUGUCCAGUGAAUACACCCCUUUGUACAGCGAAAGAACUAGAUGGGUACUUUGAAAAUAGAAAACGUUUAUCGUCUAUACUUACGUGACUA